CCCUGUCGCGCGAAACUUUUGUAAGAGUAAUGGCGUCGAUAGCAGUGCGACGAGGGAGGAAACGCAAAGCGGAAGUUGAGGAGGAAGAGAAGCCAUAUGUGAAGGAGGAGGAGGACGACGACAACAGAGGACAUGGAGAGGAAGCCCAUGAUGGUCAAAGGGUGGUCAUUGAACACUGUAAGAGCUGACGAGUGUAUGGGCGUAAUGCCGAGGAGGUGAAAUCUGCCCUCCUGGCUGCCCACCCUGGACUGUCUGUUAUCCUCAACCCAGAGAAACCUCGCAGGAACAGCUUCGAGAUCACUCUACGGGAGGGAGGCAAAGAAACCUCUCUGUGGACUGGGAUAAAGAAAGGUCCGCCGCGUAAGCUCAAGUUUCCUCAACCUGGUGAUGUUGUUGCUGCUCUUCAGGAGGCUCUGAAGUCUGAGUAGAUGUCCAGUGGAAGGAUUUCAUUAUAUGUGGCUCAUGGAAGCAGAAUGAUGAGGAGCGACCAAGGAGAAGUUCUCAGUCCCUCCUCUGAUGAUCCAAGCUCCAACAGCUCACAUCAUCUUGACACACAGUGACACCUAGUGGAGCCUCUCUGACACGAACCCUUUUCUCAGUUGAACAGACAUGCUGUUUUUUUGUUCAUCUAUUUCCUGAUGGUUGAUGUGUUUUUAUGUCUGUUUUUGGUAAAUAAAGUUAAGUCAUUUCUGUUAA